AUCUAUGAUUUAGGGCACGCCUCUGCCACACGUCACGUAACAGCAACACAUUCAAGGUUACAGCUAUGCUGCACAUGGUGAAGGAAGAAUGGGCUUUUAUUUGACAGAUAUCUGCGGUCAGUCUUAGUCUGACAGGAUGCACAUCGCGGAUUUUGUGUCCGGAUCAUUCGCAGGUAAGAGUCGGUGCCGGUUAGUUUGCCGUUAGCGUGAGUUUGCCUUGAAGCUAGCCUGUGUGAAGAUUACAACAACACAGCAUGUGAGAAAAGUAGAUAAACCUUUACGCUGAUUCAUGGGUGCAUGUAUCUUGUAAACAACUACAAUGUGUGUAACCUCAAGUGAAUGAGGAAGUUAUGUAACAAUAUGUUUAAACGUUUUACUCUGCCGUACAAGUCUAAACAUAUAUACUCUAUAGGAACUUUAGAGGGUUUAUGAUUAUAUAAUACUGUCCUGCAUUUGCUGCAUUUACUGACAAGAUUUUCAACCACAUUUAAAGGAUUAAGAAACAUUAAAACGUGGUUACAUUAGAUUAAGUGAAGCUUUUGCUUGAAUUAGUCAAGCGAAGCUCAAUGGAGCGGUCUCAAAGAGGAUUUUUGUGAAGCUCCUGGCAUCACUAGUAAAACCUUUAGAUAGCAGUUAUGUUAUACCUGUGAUAUCAGGAUGAAAAAGUACCUCUGUUUUCCUUGACCUUCUCCUCUUUUUGGACACACACAGGCGCCUGUGGCGUUGCAGUGGGCUACCCUCUGGACACUGUGAAGGUACAGUAAAGGACAUUUACGUGAGAUAUUCAAAAUUCCUGCAAAACAUUGAGACAACAGUUUUAUAAUAAAACACUACACUCUCUAGGUCCGGAUCCAAACCCAGAGACAGUUCACCGGAGUAUGGCAGUGUAUUGUGGCCACAUUUUCAAAGGAGGGGGUAAGAUAGGCAAUAAACGCCUAUUUGAUGCCAGAGUUUGGGGCAUGCCUGCCACGUUGUAUUAAACAGCCUGGACUUUGCCAUUUUGGCUGAAAUAAAGUGGGGUUGUGGGACAUGGAAUAGUGUAUAAUGAUAGACAAUUAUUAGAGUAAGGAGGCCCAGCAGAGAUGGUGUGACUGUGUGUUUAGUAACAGUGUCAAGAUGUGACAACAUGUGAACUACACCAUUUUAUUAGCCAAACAUUCAUUAUAAUUUUAAUUAUAAAUCAUAUAAUUAUAACCAGUACUUAACAAUUAUAAUAUAAAUAUCAUAAUUAUGAUUAUAAGUUAGUUUGCAUUUACUUUAGGGUGUUAGUUAACCUUCAACAUUUAAUUGUGUUAGAGUGGCUAAUAUUGUUUUCCUUUCUCUCUUGUAUUAUUAGGUGCAUGGCUUCUUCAAAGGCAUGACCUUACCUCUCACAACAAUCACUAUGACCUCUUCAGUGGUGUUUGGCACUUACAGGAACUGCUUGCAGUGUCUGAGUCAGGCACGAGGAGCUUGUUCAAACACCAAAUUGGAUGUAUUCCUGUCCGGUAUGGCGGGAGGGAUAGCUCAGGUAAAAGUCAGGGUUUGUGAUAUCCUCUGAUAUGCUUUAAAAGUGUGCCUUGGGACAAAAAUACUGUAAAUUUUCCCAUUAUCUAUAUGUAGAAAGUUUUUCUUGACAUCUGCUGCCAAUUUUCUCCCUCUGAUAGAUAUCAGUGAUGUCUCCAGGUGACAUAGUGAAAGUACGUCUGCAGUGUCAGACAGAAUCCAAACGCAGGGGAGCCAAACCCAAGUACCACGGUCCUGUUCACUGUCUGCUGAGCAUUAUUAAAGAAGAGGGGUUCAGGGGGCUUUACAGAGGAGCACUGCCACUCAUGCUGAGAGACGGGCCUUCAUAUGCCACUUACUUUUUAACUUACAAGAUCAUCUGUGAGCGGCUGACCGACAGUGGCAAGAAAAGGCCAGGUGAGUGAAGUCGAUGUAAUUUUCCUGCUUUUGAAACAUGGAAAGUUUUGAUUUUAUCCCCUUUAACUCUGGUUUUCUGUUCCCCUCAGAUUGGAGCGGUGUGAUGCUGGCCGGCGGAGUCGCUGGGAUGGCCGGUUGGACCAUAGGAACGCCAAUGGACGUAAUCAAAGCCCGUCUACAGAUGGAUGGAGCACGGGAGACGAAGCGAUAUAAAGGAUUUUAUCACUGCAUCACAGAGACGGUGAGGACGGAGGGAGUCGGCGUAUUCUUCAGGAGCUUAGGUAUAAACUGUCUGCGAGCGUUUCCUGUCAACAUGGUGGUGUUUGUUACAUACGAGGUUCUCACAGGUUUCCUGAAAGAUGCCGCUGAUGGCAUUGAUCCGCCUCGUAUAGGGUUUGAAUAGUCUUGACUACCUCCUACGUUUGUACACGAGUAUUGAGAAGGUGAUUAUGGGUUUUAAGUCAGGAAUGCCAAAGACAUCUUGCUGUCUGUUGCAUUUCAGUAUUUUAUUAAUAUUCAUAUUAUUGUAAGACAUACAAAUAGUCUGUUACAGAGAUAACAUUUAAUCCAGCUACCCUUCAGUGCUCAAGAGGAAUUAGUCAGUAAUAUUAGUACCAGUUAUUGAACCUGCAACCUUCUGACCACUAGAUGGCCUGCUUGGCCAGCUUGUUACCUUCAUGUUUCUUCUGCUGCUCGACUGUAUGUUUACAGGAAAAAAACAGUCGGAGUGACUGGUUUGGCGUGGCGUGCACUUUGGGAUCUGAACAGACUUGAGACUGUUAAACUUGAGCAAUAUUUGACAACUUUAAGACCCUCUGAGGCCUUGAGUUAAGAGUUAUGAGUAAGCUGCAACGCGCACAAUUUAUAUGUCUGAUUUGUGUCGAUGUCCAGAUGUGGGCUCGUGAUUUUCAGCCCAGUGCAGAGAUGCACUGCGUAAAUAAAACAAAAUAUAUGUUUUAUAUUUUAAAACUUGAUGACGUGGAUUUGUAAGGGAUUACUCUAUAAAACUCAGAAAGACGACAAGGAGAAGAGCCUCAGGUUGAUCAGGGUUCUGGGUUUUUACUAGAAUAUAACUGUUGGAGACUUAUUUCAUGAGCAAAGCUGAAAUCUGCACAACACAUUGAAAGUCUUGCGCUGAUAUGUGGAGUCAUUUCAAGGGAAUAAGUGGUGUCAGUUAGAGGAGACACUUGCAUCAGGGUUCUGUGAUAGAGAAAAUGUAUUUGAAUGAUUUCUUGUAAUCUAUUAUUGAUAAAGUUCUCAUGAAAUUGCUUAUUGUGCCUUCCUAAUUAGGUAGUUUGGUAUAACUACUUAAUGCUGAAUGAGUCUCUGUGUAAUUGCUGCACAGGGAUUAAAAAACGGACGCACUUGUAAUGCUGAAAAACUGGAAUCUUUGAUGGUUGCUGGAACUCUCCAUUACAGCUAUAUGUGUCAUUUAAAUCAAACACAAUAACACUUUUUAAAGUAUUUAACAAACAAACAUGCUGUAAGAGAAAUCAUAGCAUGCAUGUGUAGCUUAUUUAUAACACAGCACCGUCCUCUGACGCUUGAGAGACAUGAAACCAAGUUUAUUUAUGGACAGGAGAUAUAUGUUCUUCUUUGUAUGUAACGGUGGGUCUGAAAUAAGUGAACGCCUGGAUAGCUUGGAGUCUCUGUAUGGUGUAUAAGUUUGGAAAUGAAUAAAGAUGAAUUAACAAAGAG